AUGUCACAUCAUGUCAUGCUGUGUUGCAUGCUGCAGGGUAUCGCGGCGAGGCAGCGUUCUCGCUACCUGCGUUUCGCGCGACCGCCGCCGGAGCGACAGCUGCUGGAGGCGCGCGAACAGACGAUGAAGGAGAAGCAGACGUUCCGCAUCGUCGGUGACGUCGUCGGAUACGCGUUGCUACUGGCAACCGUUGCCGCGGUGGCGUUUGCUCGCGAUCGCUCGCACAUGCAGCGUCUCAACGAGUCGGUGCGCGCCGCCUUCGUACGGACACCCGUCAUGGCAUUCACGGACAUACGCUCGCCUCCUGACUGGUGGACGUGGAGCAAUACUGGUCUUCUGCAGGGUCUGUUUCCCGACCCUCACACAUCUAAGGUAUGUUUGGCAUUCUCCUGCCGUAUCUGCGAGAUCUCUUCACCGUCUUCCUGUUCUCUUGAGGAUUUUAUACUCGUAGAGUAUAAAUAG